AUGGAUCAGGCACGAAACAACAAAGAAAUGGAAAACCUAUUUGAGAAAGAACCUAUGCCUUUGAACGAUAAAGUGUUGAGCCAUGAAGACCGCACCCAAGAUGUUCCCAGAGAAUCAGCUAGCUCUUGUAUCAAAAGAAAAGCAGAAGAAACAUCCCAUUUCGAGAAAAAACGCAAAGGACUCUUCACCGAAGACGCUAUUCCAGAGGAGCUCACUCACAUGGGAGACAAUGUCUUUGUGGGACCCAGCAUUUACAAGGGAAAAGUGACUGUGCACAUCCGAGAGUAUGCCAAAUAUGGUAAAGCUUACUAUCCGACAAGACGAGGAGUGAACUUUGAGCCGUGGUGUUUGAAUGUUCUCGCAACCAACAUGACAGUGGAGGAACCAGACCUGCUGACACUGAAUCUGGAAGUUGCCCAAGAACUUUGUGGUCACGUAUAA